CGGCGGAAAAAGAAAUCGAGUAGCAAUUAUCGUGUGCCAGAUCUGAAAAAUGCCAUCCAAUUCUCUUUGGUGGACGCUAUGCGAUACCUCCGCGCUGCAGAAGUCGGUCGAAACCCUACAUCAUCAAAAUACGAAAUUCACCUUCGACUCAAGACCCCCAAGAACGGCGCAGUAGUACGGAAUCGCCUACGACUCCCGCAUCCUGUCAAAACCGAUCUCAGGAUUUGCGUCAUAGCCAAUCCUGACUCGCCCGCUGGCAAAGCUGCACACGAAGCAGGAGCGCAUUUGGUUGGUGAAGAGACGGUAUUUGAGGCAGUCAAAGAAGGCAAGAUCGAUUUUGACAGAUGCAUCUGCCACGCCGACUCUCUCCCAAAGCUGGGCAAGGCUGGCGUAGCACGAAUCCUUGGUCCGCGAGGUCUCAUGCCAAGUGCGAAGCUGGGUACGGUGGUGAAAGACGUGGCAUCAACCGUACGGGAUAUGGUUGGCGGCAGCGAAUACAGAGAGAGGAUGGGGACAGUAAGAUUAAGCAUUGGCCAGCUUGGUUUCACGCCAGAGCAGAUGCAGAAAAACAUUCGAGCUUUCAUCGAGAACGUGAAGAAGGAUAUAACAGGCGUUGCGGAUAAGACGCCGAAGGAUAUACAUGAGGUCGUACUGAGCUCCACCAAUGGGCCGGGACUGAGUUUAAAUGGAGAUUUGAGAGGGCAGAACAGUGUUAGUGUUCAGGAAGUCAGUGGACCG